AUGGAUUCGCCUAGCACUCUGAAACCUAUUCGCUUGCUUCGUGGUGAAAUUACCUACACCGCAGCGAAGGACAAAGAUGCUAACAUUCUCCAUGAGUUGGGCUAUAGGGAUCGAAAAAUCCGAUUUUUUACUCAUCUUCACCGGAAUAGAAAGCUUAUAAAAGCCAUCGCUGCGCACCAUCUCGGCCUUGCUUCUACAGAUGUGUGCCAGGUUGCGGACGUGGACGAAUGGAUCCAUGGGAGCUUCAAUGUUUGCAUACGCGUUGAUGUUGGUGGUCAAGAAGAAAAUUUCGCCAAGCAGUUGAUGAUUCGAUUUCCCUUGCCAUAUCGGAUUGGCGAAGAUUACUGUUCAGGGAAUGCGGAUGAGAAGGUCCGUUGCGAAGCCGGAACAUACGCAUGGCUUGAAGAGAAUUGCGCAACUGUUCCUAUUCCUCAACUCUAUGGCUUUGGACUGUCCAAUGGUCAGACCUUCACGUUUCUCGACAAUUUGCCUAUCUUCACCCGUACCAUUGAGCGUCUCCGUCGUUGGCUCUUGUCUUUGCUAGGCUACCCAACUCCAUCCCGGUACAUUCAGCAUCCCACCAAUGAUCAGCUUGUGUUUGACACACCGUAUCUUUUAAUUGAGUACAUCAAUCCGUCGCGAGGCAAGGUGCUCUCUGAAACCUGGGAAGAAGGUCGCCAUGACCCGGAAUUGCGCAGCAACCUCUUCCGUGGUCUCUCCCGAAUUAUACUGACUUUGGCUCACACUCCAUUGCCAAAGAUCGGAUCCUUCGUUUUGGAUGAAAAGGGAUAUCUGAGCUUGAGCAACCGCCCUCUCACUCUCGAAAUCCAACAAUUGGAAAAUGAACAUAUUCCGGUUGAUAUACCACGAGAUGUGACCCAUACAACAGUUGACUCUUAUCUGAGUGACAUUAUUGCAAUCCAUGAAAGCCGUCUACGCCAUCAGGCUAACGCGGUCAACAGCCUGGAAGAUGGUUUCUAUCAGACAGCUGCAUUGAUGGUUAUGAAAAGCAUAUGGUCUUCUUUUUUUCGCCGAAGGUUCCGUCGAGGGCCAUUUUUUCUUAACCUCACGGAUCUAAAUCAGACCAACAUUUUUGUGGAUGACCGUUGGAACAUCAAAUGCCUCAUCGAUCUUGAGUGGGCUUGCUCCCACCCGGUAGAGAUGAUUCAUCCUCCAUACUGGCUAACUAACCAGGCUAUUGAUUUAGUCAACCCUGAUGAAUACAAGAAUCUUCAUGCCGAGUUUAUGGCAGCUUUCGCGAAGGAGGAACUUCAGAUCAAGCCGCCGAUCAGUCUCCACUCUAUUUUGCAGCAGGGUUGGGACAAAGGGACGUUCUGGUGUGCCUUAGCACUUAGCAGCCCCACGGCGUUGUUCAGCAUAUUCUAUGAUCACAUUCAACCGAUGUUCACUAAGACGCACGACGACCCAUCAUUUUGGCGGAUUACUAUGCCUUACUGGACGUUCAAUACGUUUGCGUUCAUCGAGCAAAGAGUAAAGGACAAAGAGCAAUAUGAUAUCGCUUUGCGAGAAGCAUUUCAGUCCUGA